AUGGGAAAUGUACAUCUGUCUGAGAAUGAAUUUCAUCUGGCAUUAGACUAUUUUAUGCGAGGAUACAACUUACGUCGAGAACGCUUACCUCCUGACCAUCUUCAUAUCGCUCAAUCAAUCCAUAAUAUUGGUGUAUUACAUAAGAAAACAGGGGACUAUGAUCGAGCUCUAGAUUAUUUUAAACAAUCACUUGAGAUCAAAGAGAAGCAUAUCGACGAUGAUCUAAGUAAAGCUACGACACUUGAAAAUAUUGGUGGAGCUUAUCGACAGAAGAAAGGUUACGAUCUAGCAUCAAAAUAUUUAACAGAAGUUCAUGAAAUGUACAAACCUCUACUACCACAACAACAUCCGACAAUUGCAAGAUGUUUUGGUGAAAUUGGUGCAUUAUACGAAGAUCAAUUGGACUACAAUCAUACACUUGAUUAUUAUCGUCGACAAUACGAAAUGGACGAAAAAACACUGCCAAGUGAACAUCAACAUCUCACGAGAGAUAUGCAUAAUAUUGUUAGAAUAUAUAAGAAAAAAGAUGAGCACGAUACAGCUUCACAGUUUUGUAAACAAAAACUCGCUGAACAACGAAAUAAUUUGCCACAAAGUCAUCCGAGAAUCGAUCACACACUUCGAAGUCUAGUUGAUAUGUUCAGUGAGAAAGAUUCUAAUUUUACUCUAAAGUAA